AUGGAUUAUGACAACCACACCUCUUUGCAGAGUUUCAUCCUUGCUGGUUUUACUAUCACUGGGAUCUUGCAAUCUCUUGCCUUCUUAGGAACCCUGUGCAUCUAUCUCCUCACUCUGGCAGGGAACUUGUUGAUCAUUGUGCUGGUUCAGGCAGAUUCUGGACUGUCAACACCCAUGUACUUCUUCAUCAGUGUCCUCUCCUUCUCAGAACUCUGGUAUGUCAGCAGCACAGCGCCCACACUGCUGCACACCUUGCUCCAUGGGCGUUCUCUCAUCUCGUCUGCUGCAUGCUUCAUCCAGCUCUAUGUCUUCCAUUCUUUGGGCAUGACUGAGUGCUACCUGCUGGGGGUCAUGGCGCUGGACCGCUACCUUGCCAUCUGCCGCCCUCUCCACUACCAUGCGCUCAUGAGUGGACAGGUGCAGUUGUGGCUAGCAGGGGCCACUUGGGUGGCUGGGUUCUCAGCUGCACUUGUGCCAACCAGCCUCACAAUCACUCUUCCCUUCUGCUUGAAAGAGGUGGACCAUUACUUUUGUGACCUGGCACCACUAAUGCGGUUGGCUUGUGUGGACACAAGCUGGCAUGCUCAAGUACAUGGAGCAGUGAUUGGUGUGGCCACAGUCUGCAACUUUGUACUCAUUCUGGGACUCUAUGGAGGCAUCCUGAGAGCUGUGCUGAAGCUUCCCUCAGCUGCCAGUUGUGCCAAGGCCUUCUCUACCUGUUCCUCCCACAUGACCGUAGUGGCACUCUUUUAUGCUUCUGCCUUCACGGUAUAUGUGGGCUCACCUGGGAGUCAACCUGAAGGCACAGAUAAGCUUAUUGCCUUGUUGUAUGCCCUUCUUACCCCUUUUCUGAACCCCAUCAUCUAUACCCUUCGCAACAAGGAGGUGAAGGAUGCUGUGAGGGGGGUUGCCCACAGGAUCAGAACUAUUUUGAAGAGAUCUUGA